CGUAGUGAGGUGAAAGAGACGUCACUCAGAAGCGCACCGCGACAAACGGCAGUGGCACGCAGCUAACACUUUAGCUUUGUAUUAAAGACCACAAACUUGUUAAAAUAAACAACAAAAGUCGCGUUACAAUAAAGUGAAAUCAAGUUUUUAAUCAUGGCGUCCACAGCGGCGGGAAAACAGAGAAUCCCUAAAGUGGCGAAGGUGAAGAAUAAAGCUCCUGCAGAGGUUCAGAUCACCGCAGAGCAGCUGCUCAGAGAAGCUAAAGAGAGAGAACUUGAGUUACUGCCUCCUCCACCUAAACAGAAGAUCACUGAUCAGGAGGAACUCAACGACUAUAAACUGAAAAAGAGAAAGGGAUUUGAGGACAACAUCAGGAAAAACAGAACGGUCAUCAGUAACUGGAUCAAGUACGCACAAUGGGAGGAGAGUCUGAAAGAGAUCCUGAGGGCCCGCUCUAUUUACGAGCGAGCGCUGGAUGUAGAUCACAGGAACAUCACGCUGUGGCUGAAGUACGCCGAGAUGGAGAUGAAAAGCCGGCAGGUGAAUCACGCUCGCAACAUCUGGGACCGAGCCAUCACCAUCCUGCCACGUGUCAAUCAGUUCUGGUACAAGUACACGUAUAUGGAGGAGAUGCUGGGGAACAUCGCGGGUUGCAGGCAGGUGUUUGAGCGCUGGAUGGAGUGGGAGCCUGAAGAACAGGCCUGGCAUUCCUACAUCAACUUUGAGCUACGAUAUAAGGAAGUGGACAAGGCGCGCAGCAUCUAUGAGAACUUCGUGAUGGUCCAUCCUGAAGUGAAGAACUGGAUCAAGUACGCUCACUUUGAGGAGAAACACGGCUACAUCGCUCGCGGGAGGAAGGUGUUCGAGAGAGCGGUGGAGUUUUUCGGUGAAGAUCAGAUAAGCGAGAGUCUCUGUGUGGCUUUUGCUAGAUUUGAAGAGAAGCAGAAAGAGUUUGAGAGAGUUCGGGUCAUCUAUAAAUACGCUUUGGACAGAAUCCCCAAACAACAGGCCCAGGAACUGUUUAAGAAUUACACUGUGUUUGAGAAGAGGUUUGGAGACAGGAGAGGAAUCGAGGAUGUGAUCGUCAGCAAAAGAAGAUUUCAGUAUGAAGAGGAGGUCAAGGCAAACCCACAUAAUUAUGACGCCUGGUUCGAUUAUCUGCGUCUGGUGGAGAGUGACGCUGAUGCGGAUACUGUAAGAGAAGUGUAUGAGAGAGCCAUAGCCAACACCCCACCCAUCCAAGAGAAGAGACACUGGAGACGCUACAUCUACCUGUGGAUUAACUACGCUCUCUAUGAGGAGCUGGAGGUCAAGGACCCUGAAAGAACACGGCAGGUGUAUCAGGCCUGUUUGGAGCUAAUACCACACAAAAAGUUCACAUUCGCCAAGAUCUGGCUCCUAUACGGACAGUUUGAAAUCCGACAGAAGAACUUGCAGAACGCAAGACGAGGCCUGGGCACAGCCAUCGGGAAAUGUCCUAAAAACAAGCUGUUCAAGGGUUACAUCGAGCUGGAGCUUCAGUUGAGAGAGUUUGAUCGCUGUAGGAAGCUCUAUGAGAAGUACCUGGAGUUCAGUCCAGAAAACUGCACCACCUGGAUCAAGUUUGCAGAACUGGAGAGCAUCCUGGGAGACACGGACCGAGCCAGAGCCAUAUUUGAGCUGGCCAUAGGACAACCACGAUUAGACAUGCCCGAGGUGCUGUGGAAGUCGUACAUUGACUUUGAGAUUGAACAAGAAGAAUAUGACAACACACGUAGCCUUUAUAAAAGACUGUUACAGCGCACGCAGCAUGUCAAGGUUUGGAUCAGUUAUGCUCAGUUUGAGCUGUCCAUCGACAGUGAAGAGCGUCUGCAGAGAUGUAGACAGAUCUAUGAAGAGGCUAACAAAGGUCUGCAGGGCUGCGAGGAGAAGGAGGAACGUUUGAUGCUCAUGGAGUCCUGGAGAGAUUUCGAGGAGGAGUUUGGAACGGUCGCCAACAAGGAAAGAGUCCAGAAACUUCUGCCUGAGAAAGUGAAGAAGAGGAGAAAGAUCACGGCAGAGGAUGGGUCGGAUGCUGGCUGGGAGGAAUACUAUGACUACAUCUUUCCUGAAGAUUCUGCUAACCAGCCCAACCUCAAACUGCUGGCCAUGGCCAAGAUGUGGAAGAAACAACAGCAGCAGCAGCAGGAAGAAACAGAAGAGCAGGAGGUUUCAGAUGCAGAGGAACCAGAAAAGAGUCCAGAAGCGGAGGAUGAGGAACCUGUGGCACCCAAACAGAAUGAGUUUGAUGACCGUGAUGAUGAGGACGAGAGCAGCAGCUCCAGCAGUGACAGUGAUGAAGAAGAGCGCAAGGAGGAGACGGAAAAAAACAAGACGGAUGCAGACAAAGACUGAAGCGUUGCGGUGGUGCCUGACGUGUUAUUUCUCUCUUUCUUACUGUCUUUUCUUUUCUAACAAAAUAAAGGUGAGAACCAAA